UAUGACUUGGUUGCAAAUGUGGUACACGAUGGACCAGCCACACCAGGGGCUGGAACUCAUCGAAUUUUCGUGCUACAGCGUGGAACUGGCAAAUGGUUUGAGAUGCAGGAUUUGCAUGUCCAGGAGAUUCUACCACAGAUGAUUCCACUCAGUUUGGGCAGUGAACAGGAGCAUUCCGAACCCCUUUUACGAGAAGAAGUCGACCAAGAAAGCAACAACGAACGAGGACGAAAAGAAAAAGGAAUGAAAGGACCCGAAGGAGAAAACAGAAUGUAA